AUGACGAAGUGCCAGGAAGACACCUUGGCUGGCUUGGACACGUCCAUAGAAUGUCAGAUGGUUGACUUUCACAAGACAUUGUGUAUGGUGAUCGAACAGAUGGCAGGAGAGCCGCUGAAUGUAAAUCUGGCAAAUGGGGACGCAACUGUGUUAAUAACUGCAGCAGCAAGUGCCAAGAAAAAGGUUGUGACAGAGUUACCGGAAUUUGUGACUACGUUUGCGAUAGUGUCAUGGACUUAUUUUGUCCUGCUGGUAAAUUAUUUUAAAGAUUGUCCAGCAGGUUUUCAUGGUUCUAACUGUAGCCUGCAGUGUUCUUCCAACUGUAAAGAGAAUGUUUGUAAUCAUCUUGGUUAUUGUAUUUCGUGUCAAACAGGAUACACAGGUCUAUACUGUGAGAAAGGUCAAGCGGGAGACACAACAGAGUCCAGUGGUUUGACAUUCCCGGCAGGUGUUGGUGUUGGUGUAGCUGUUGGUGCUGUGGUUGUCGUCUUGAUUGUUGUUGUUGUUGCUGUCGUAUGUCGACGGAGACGUAAGCGACCACAACCACAAAGUCACGAGGAACCAAAACGAGGCACACGACUGCAUGCUUAUGACGGUGUCAAAAAAAUUAACGAAUACAGUCAUUCGUACGAAGAAACUUUUGCACCAGAUAAAUUCCAGACAGAUGAAGUCAAGACAGAUAACAAGACAGUCAAGACAUCUCAAGACCCGCCAAAUUCAAUUUAUGAUAACAUUGAAGAAUGUACAUCAUUGGGAGAAUAAUUUCAUAAUGUCUCAUUAUACAUUUUGUAACACAUUAAUUUAUCAUUUUAUAAAAAAUUAUUAUUAUUAUUGAUUUUUUUGAGUUUAACAAUACUGUUUUGUUCCAUAAUUAUAAAUACAUUUUUAAAAGUCGUUAAAUUUUUAAUAUACCAGCAGACGAUUAUUAAAGCCGCCAUCUUGUGUAUUAGGGAGAAUUUU